AUGGAAGGCAUGCCUUUGGCUGCGCCGGUUGAGACUCAACCAGCGCCAGUUGAGCCGUUGACUGGCGGCGCCUCACAGCUGGACAUUAAGCUGAAGCAUGUGCAGCAGCUGCUGGCUAACCAGGAGUUGGAGCAACAGCACCGAGAGCGAGAUCGUCAGCGUGGCCACAAGGAGAACAAGGGCAAUACCAAAGAGCGAGACGAAAGGAUGCCCGAGUUCGGGGAUAACGCUGUGCCCGAUGGCAUCUAUGAGCAGACAUUGGCGCGCCUGCAGAUCGCUCACAUGAAUCCCAAUAAUCUUUCGCAUGAGGCCAACUACAAGCUGUCCAAGAUCGAGCAGGAAGCAGCCGAACGAGCGGGCAAGAUGCGGUACCCGGGUGGACUGCAGAAGCGCAGCUCCAGCGCUGGCUUUAAUCCCAUGAACGAGAUCAAGCUGAAGACCAGCAAUCGAUUGAUGCGCAAGGGCAUGGGACCUUCGUUGCCCAGCAAUGCGUUGUCUGACAACAUGCGCGCCCAUUAUGUGGAUGACAUGUUGAUGCGACGGGAGCGCAACAUGAAGCGGCAGCGAGAGCGACAACAGUUGCAACAGCAGCAAAAGCUGCAGGAGGAGGAGGCUGAGGAGGAGAAGGAUCCCAUGCUGGCACCUUAUGAAGAGCGCAACGCUGCAGCUGACAGCUCCUUGGAUGUAUCUGGCAUGCGUCUGCUGGAGACGCCACAGAGCUACGACUAUCGCUUGCCGCAACUUGAUCAUUUUCGCACUCUGAAUCAACGCACGAUGCCGAAUAUGCGCGAUUAUGUGCAGGCUAUUGACAGGUUGAAUCCGAAGGCUGAACGCUUCAAGCGGCAGCCAGAUGAAGUAAAGCAGCAGGCGGAGGCAGAGCUAAAACUUACAGAGACAAAGCCGAAGCUGGAGCAGAGCGAAGUGGCCAGCAGUAAUAGAAAAUUGGCAGAGGGAGAGGAACUUCAACAGCCAAAUUUAAAAGAAUCAGCUGGCAAAGAAGCAGCCAAGCUGCAAGCAGAGAGUGUCAGCAAAGACAAGUUGGAGAAUGCUGCAAGUGAAGAGCUUAAGCAAGCUGAAACUGCUGCUGUAAAGUCUGAGAAAGUGGUGAACGCAGGUGAGGAAGACAAACCCCAACUUGAAGCUCAAGUUAAGCCCCAAACUGAGGACAAGUCAGAGAAACAGCUUGUGGCGCCACUUGCUGAGUCGAAGCCACAGCAGGCUGAAGAACCAGAGCAGCAGCAAGUGCAGGCUGAGCAACCUUUAGGCGAACUAAAGUUAGAGACCGAAAAAGAUCAGCAGCCUAUGCUAAAGACGGACAGCAAGCUGAAAGCCGAGGCGCCACAGUCAGCUGCUCAUCUGGAGCCAAGAUGUGGCCCCGAAGCAGUUGUCAAGUUGCUGGCCAACAAGUUAUCGUUGGCGAAUAGCAUUGAUCGCGACAAGCGCAACAUUAAACGCUGGACCUGGCACAGAUGCCAUCGCCAGAAGGGCAGCCAUGUGCCUUUGGAGGCAACACAUCAAAAACGACGCAGCAAACGCGCUGUGGAGCAACAAGAGACGAGUAAACCAGCUGCCAAGCUGUUGGACGAGUUCGAGGAUCACAAUGGCAAUCGUGUGCCUUUUGGUAGUCUGGGAAAUGGUUUGCUAACAGAUCCGGAUGAAGAUGACACUCUUCGCUAUCCACGUCAUCAGCAACUCAAGGUGGAGGCAGAUGAAGCUGCUCAUAUCGAUAGUCUGAUUGAGUCCAAUACUUUUGCCAAUUCACGCUAUCAGGUGCCCAUGAUUGGCCAGCGUAACAACAAUUUGGUUUAUCCACAGCCGCAACAGCAGCAACCAUCUUACGGACAGCAGCCACAAGCGCCACAGCAGCAGCAAUUGUUGCCUAUGCAACAACAGCCACAGCAACCUUUGCUUUCGCAAUGCCAGCCACAGUUGCAGCUGUCUAAGCCACAGCAGCAGCAACAGUUGCCAGCGCCGAAUAAUGCAAAGUCCAAUUUCAAUUUGACGCACUUUUUCAAUGAGCUGGCUAAGCUGGAAAAGUUGCCAGUGGCAACGCUGCAGCAGUUGCAACAGCAACCACAACAACAGCAGCAACAGCAACCACAACAACAGCAACCACAACAACAGCAGCAACAACAACAGCAGCAGCAGCAACAACAGCAACCACAACAACAGCCACUAUUGCCAACUCAGCAGCAGCAACAACCACUUGGACAGCAGCAACAGUUGCCGCCGGGUCAGCAGCUGCCAACAGGUCAACCUGGACAACAGCCUCCAGUGCAUCUGCAGCCAACGGUGCAGCUGCAACCAGCAAUGCCGCAACAGCAGCAGCAAUCGCAACUGUUGCCGCAGCAACAACAGCAGCCGCAGCAGCAACCACAGCAGCCAAUAAGUCCAGAGAUAAGCCAAGGCAAGCCGCUCUAUGGCAUGCAUCGUUAUCUAGGGCCAUUUAUGAACAAGGUGGGCAAAGGUGGCACCACAAUUGAUCCUUGUGCAACCACCACGACGACAGUUGCUCCCGAAGUGACAACCAUGAAUCCGGAUUGUGUGCCAAUCACAGCAACUGACUCAGCGAGCACAAUUUAUGCCGGCGACUCUGGCAAUCCUUGCGGCAAUGCCGAUGCCAUGAAGCUUCGAAUAUCCAUGAAUGGCAAUGUGUGCAGUGAUCCGAAGACGAAGCAGCUCUUUGGCAAUGGAUCGAUCAGUGUGCAGCCGAGCAAUCAGCGCAUGAAUGCCGAAGCAUACUAUCAACUGGUGGAUGCUUUGGUGGACGAAACGGAAGCGGAAGCGGAUAUGGACAGUGAUCAUCACUAUACCAGACAGGUCAAUCUACGUGUCAACAGGGAUAACAGGGAUAACCAGUUGGAUAUGGAUACGGACAAUGAUAAGGAGAAGGAUAAAGAAAAUGUGACUGAAAAGUCUAAAUUUGGUCAUUCGAAAAAAUUGAAAGCCAAGGAACGCAAGAAAACUACACGAACGAAGGACAAAAUGCAGAGCAAGACAAAAAAGGAGAACAAAUCCGAGAAGAAAAAGGGUCAGGGGAAAAAGAACGAUCAAGACUAUAGCAACAUCGAUCGUGGCGAACCUUUAACCGAUAACUAUGACAAGCUGAUCACUGGUCGCGCUUCUGAGCAGAUUGUGCGUGCUGUCUUCGAUAUGGUUAGCAAUGAUCCCAGCAUGGAUCCAUUGCUAUCGGUGCUUUCCCGCAAUCGUAAGAUAGCUAACAAAUAUCCGAAGACUUUUUAUCAAAUACGCAACGAUCGCACCGAGGUGCAAUUGCAACAGACCGAGGAGAUGGUCAGACGGACCAUGGAGUCGAUUAGUGACAUCAUCGAUACACAAAUGCGACAGCGGUCGUGCAUUCCAUUGAGACCCGAUCUCAUUGAGUUCUACGAUCUGAUAGUCAAGACAAUGAACGAACAGCAAAAGACACGCGAAAAGCGAGAAGCGAAUUUGGGUUUGCUAUCUGAUCAGUACAAUCAAGAUGUGCGCAUUCUAGAUGCGAACAAUAUUGAGCAAAAGUCGCGAAUUGUCAAGAAACUGUUGAGACAGUAUGAAGAGCUGCCGCUGGAAGAGCAGCGCAAUGCGGCUUCAGUCAGAGAUGAAUUGCUCAUGGAUCUCAUAUAUCUGCGUAAGAUGGCCGAUUCGCUGGAGCGCAAUAAGCGCAACGAGCAACUGCAGAAUGUGAUGAAAAAGUUCAAUGGCAACGGGGCGGAUGAUCAGCAAGUGAAUAGCGAGUAUACGCCCCGUUUCAUCAAACUGCUAAAGACAGCUGAGAUCUUUAAAGAGGUGGGCGAGCAGCAGGCAAAGGAGUUUAUUGGACUCUAAGAUAAAGGUUAUUUAUUUAGUUAUUUUAUUGGAAAAGUAUUAAAUUAUUUUGCAAUAAAGAAAGUGUUGAAUUGCAAA